AGAGAGAGAGAGAGAGAGAGAGAGAGCGUGUAUCAUCGUGCAUGUGCAUUAACUUAGCUAACAGGCAGCAGCAGCAACAGCUGAGAGAUAUAUAGAGAGAAAGACAGAGACAGAGAGAGAGAGAGAGAGAGAGAGAGAGAGAGAGAGAGUGCGAGAGGAAAAUAAGACCAGGCACAAGGAAACAAAAGCUGCAGAGAGAGAGAGAGAGAGAGAGAGACUGUUCCCAUCUUGCCCUCCACUAAAAGAACAACGGAGGAGGAGGAGGAGGAAGAAGACAAAAGGAAGAAGAGGGUGGCGUACAGAACUGAACAUACUGGACCUGAAUUCAUAGGCUCUUUUUCUUUACCCUCCUCCAUGUUUUAGGGGGGAUUCUACACUAGUGCAUUUGAUUGCUGCCUUCUUCAUCUUUGAAAAGAAAGAAAGAAAGAAAAAGAGAAAGAAAGCGAGAAAGAAAGGAAUAAAGAGAGAAAGAAAGAGAGGAGGAUGUCGGGAAAGAAGGAGUUUGAUAUGAAACAGAUCCUCAGGCUGCGUUGGCGCUGGUUUAGUCAUUCAUCCCAGAGUUCUGCCGGUGGAGGAGGAGGAGGAGGAGGAGGAGGAUACCUCCAGGAGAGCUUUGAUCACAGAGGGACCCCAGUCCAGGGCAGGCUGAAGAAUCACUCCCGGGACAAAGGUGGCAGUGGAGGGGGACUCCGGAAGCAGAACAGCAACAGUCCGGUCCAUAGUAUCCUGGCCCCCACGCCUGUCUAUGUCAGAGCCAGUAAUCAAUCAUGGCACCAGCAGAAUAUUAUUCAGCACCUGCAGCAGCAGGGUGGCCACGAGCUGCCUAAGAACAGCAGCUCACCUAACAACACCAGGAAGGAGGACUGCUCCAAGAGCAGCCAGGAGAAUGUGAAGAGUGUUGAAGAGUCCUUAGAGGCGGAUGCUAGACACAGGAUGAGCUCCAACGGCUCGGAUGAGUUCUUCCAGGCUACAAACCAUGCGGAAGAGACCUUUCGCAAGAUGGAGACCUAUCUUCAGCACAAGCAGAUGUGUGAUGUUGUCUUGAUAGCAGGAGAUCAUAAGAUCCCGGCUCACAGACUGGUCCUCAGUGCAGUAUCUGACUACUUUGCUGCCAUGUUCACCAGCGACGUGAGAGAGGCCAAACAGGAGGAGAUCAAGAUGGAGGGGGUGGAUCCAGAAGCCUUGAGAUCUCUGGUCCACUUUGCCUACACUGGUGUCCUUGAAUUGAAGGAGGAGACCAUAGAGAGUCUAUUGACUGCAGCCUGCCUUCUGCAGCUCUCACAAGUCAUUGAGGUCUGCUGUAACUUCCUCAUGAAACAACUCCACCCAUCUAACUGCCUGGGGAUACGCUCCUUCGCUGACGCCCAGGGAUGCAUGGAUCUGCUCAACGUGGCCCACAACUACACUAUGGAGCACUUCCCAGAGGUGAUUCAGAACCAGGAGUUUCUCCUGCUUCCUACUGCUGAGAUCGUCAAACUCUUGGCCAGUGACGACAUAAACAUACCAGAUGAGGAGACCGUCUUCCAGGCUCUGAUGAUGUGGGUGCGGUUCGACGUUCAGCAUCGCCAGCAGGACAUUGGGGUGCUCCUGGCCGAAAUCCGCCUGCCUCUUCUACCUCCACAGCUCCUAGCUGACCUGGAGAACAACACCAUGUUCUCAGAUGACCUGGAAUGCCAGAAGCUUCUAAUGGAAGCGAUGAAGUACCAUCUGCUGCCAGAGCGUCGACUCAUGUUCCAGAGCCCCAGGACCAAACCCAGGAAGUCCACAGUAGGAGUACUCUACGCUGUGGGAGGCAUGGACGCUACCAAGGGAUCUACGACCAUAGAGAAGUAUGACCUGCGGACCAACACGUGGAUCCAGGUGGGGGUGAUGAACGGCCGGAGGCUGCAGUUUGGGGUGGCAGUGAUCGAUGACAAGCUGUACGUGGUGGGGGGCCGAGACGGGCUGAAGACCUCCAACAUGGUGGAGUGUUACAACCCUUUAAACAAAGUCUGGUCCACCAUGCCUCCCAUGUCUACACACAGACACGGACUCGGUAUAACAGUGUUGGAGGGCCCCAUGUAUGCAGUAGGCGGCCAUGAUGGAUGGAGUUACCUGAAUACGGUGGAGAGGUGGGACCCCCAGGCUAAACAGUGGAACUACGUGGCCAGCAUGUCCACCCCACGCAGCACCAUGGGAGUCACCGCACUCAACGGGAAAUUGUUUGCAGUUGGCGGUCGGGACGGGAGCUCAUGUCUGCGGUCGAUGGAAUGCUUUGAUCCACACACCAACAAGUGGAGUAUGUGUGCCCCCAUGGCGAAGCGGAGAGGAGGGGUGGGUGUGGCCACGUACAACAGCUUCCUCUAUGCUGUGGGUGGUCAUGAUGCCCCGGCGUCCAACCACUGCUCCAGGCUAUCAGACUGUGUGGAGAGGUAAACAACCACUGUCCCAGACUAUCAGACUGUGUAGAGAGGUAAACAACCACUGUCCCAGACUAACAGACUGUGUAGAGAGGUAAACAACCACUGUCCCAGACUAACAGACUGUGUAGAGAGGUAAACAACCACUGUCCCAGACUAA